UCGCGCCCAGCCCCGCGCCGCCGCCGCCUCGGCAACUGCACCGCCAGCAAACAUGGCUCAGUGACUUCGACAAAAGGUGCAGCCUCCCUCCUGGUGGUGCAGACGCCAGCCCUCCCUGCUCGGGCCGCGCCUCUUCGCGGGCCCGCCAAAGAGCCCCAAGUCCCGCAGGCACCUGAGGCCCACACGGGAAAAGAUGCACCAAACGUUCCACCCUGGCGACCCCCGCACACCAGCCCGCAGCUCGAAACCUCGACCUUGAAGAUGGUGAGUAGCCAGCCAAAGUACGAUCUAAUACGGGAGGUAGGCCGAGGUAGUUACGGUGUUGUGUAUGAAGCAGUCAUCAGAAAGACCUCUGCACGGGUGGCAGUGAAGAAAAUUCGAUGCCAUGCACCUGAAAAUGUUGAACUAGCCCUUCGUGAGUUCUGGGCACUAAGCAGUAUCAAGAGCCAACACCCAAAUGUGAUUCACUUGGAGGAAUGCAUCCUACAAAAAGAUGGGAUGGUGCAAAAGAUGUCCCACGGCUCUAAUUCUUCCCUUUAUUUACAGCUUGUGGAGACUUCAUUAAAAGGGGAAAUUGCCUUUGAUCCCAGAAGCGCCUAUUACUUAUGGUUUGUGAUGGAUUUUUGUGACGGAGGAGAUAUGAAUGAAUAUCUGUUGUCCAGAAAGCCCAAUCGUAAAACUAACACCAGCUUUAUGCUUCAACUGAGCAGUGCCCUGGCUUUCUUGCAUAAAAACCAGAUCAUCCACCGAGAUCUUAAGCCUGACAACAUCCUGAUUUCUCAAAGCAGGUUGGAUACCAGUGACUUGGAACCCACACUGAAAGUGGCUGAUUUUGGUCUAAGUAAAGUUUGUUCAGCCUCUGGACAGAACCCUGAAGAACCUGUCAGUGUAAACAAGUGUUUCCUUUCCACAGCAUGUGGAACAGAUUUCUACAUGGCUCCUGAAGUGUGGGAAGGUCAUUAUACAGCAAAAGCUGACAUCUUUGCUCUUGGGAUUAUCAUCUGGGCAAUGCUGGAAAGGAUCACAUUCAUAGACACUGAGACAAAGAAGGAACUCCUGGGGAGUUAUGUAAAACAAGGAACUGAGAUCGUGCCUGUUGGGGAAGCUCUUCUGGAAAAUCCCAAAAUGGAACUUCUUAUUCCUGUGAAGAAAAAGUCUAUGAAUGGCCGAAUGAAACAACUGAUUAAGGAAAUGCUGGCUGCCAACCCUCAGGAUCGUCCAGAUGCUUUUGAACUAGAACUCAGAUUAGUACAAAUUGCAUUUAAAGAUAACAGUUGGGAAACAUGACACAUAUUAUUUGCAAAUAUCUUGGAUGAUAUGCUGCUUCUGUUUUAACAGUGAUGCAACAUUAUGUGGCUGAAAAAGAAUAUAAAAAGCUAAACUCCACCUUCUAAGGGUUUAGAUUUUAUUGCGGGUGGUUUUUUCCUCAUUUUUCUUAAAUCCAAGUUGGCCAUUUUGUUAGUAUGUUUCAAAUGUAUAUUACCGAUGUGGGUGUAAAUUUUUUUUAAAUGAUCAUUGGUAGAAGUUUGGCAGGAAAAUUCUCUAGGAGCCAAGAAAAGAAGAGGUGCAGUUUUCUGGAAAUAUGUCUCUAACUAUUUUAGACAUUCCUCGUCAGUAUUAUGAAUUUCCAUGGAAGAAGAGGUUUGCAUGCUGGCAAUGCAACCUUUGAAACUUUGUAAAGGAAACAUAUAUGUAUAUAUUUAUGUUUAUGUAAGUACGUGAAUGUGUGCAUUUUGCAUUCCAUAUGAAGAAAAUGCCACUUCUGUUUAAAUUAUUUGAUGUAGGUUCAGGUUUUUGAGAUUUGCUGGUGAAAUCAGUUAUGAAAAAUAAAAGAACCUUCCCUCAUUUUUCUACCCUGUCCCUCCCUCUAAUUAAAUCAUAUUAAGUUUUUUUUUCUAUUUUUAUAAUGUUAUACAGCUCUUAAAAAAGCAUCAUUUUGGAGGGUCUAAAAUUAUCUGAUUAAACAUAAAGGAAACUAAGUAAUCCAAAGCUGCUGAAGUAUGUUUGAGCUCUCCAGUGCCCUAUAGCUGCAAGAGUUGAAUUAGUCACACAAUCAUAUGGUAGCAGGUUGGCAAGGACAUUGGUGAUUCAGUCAGACUUUAUUUAGGUAACUGGGCAUUUAUUUAACCAAUUAAACCACUGCAUUGGGACAUACCUGCACUUGAACUUUUAUAAUCUGAUAUAAAUCUGAACACAGGAUACUUAUGUUUUUGAAACUUGCUAUAUAUGAACUAUAAUACUUGAUAUAUUUUUGGUUUCAAGACUUUGUUGUCUGUGCCUCAACAUAAAGUUGAAGAAACCAAAUGAGCUCUACCUUUCACAUUGCCUACCCUGAUAAGGUCUCUUGUUAAAUCACUGGAGUUCCUUUCAUUUUGGCACUGAUGCAGUUUUCUCUCAUCUAAUUUGAGAAAGAAAUGGUAGUGAUAUGGUUGUCUUAAAUGUCGAUCACCUUUUUCUAAAGUGGGAGAUGAUACUUAUAGCGUGGCAAAUGGGUAAAAUACUGUGGCAACAAUUACUAUUCAAGUAGAAGAGUUACUGAUUUUAUACAAUCAUUUGUUAUGGUCUGUGUCAAAAACCAAUAGACCAUUAUUUCUCUGGAAGUUAGAUUUUAACUUUAUGUAGUUGUCUCCAAUUUGUUUUUCUGUAAAUGCAGAUAGUUAAAAUCUAAGGAAAGAAUGCUUUCCCAAAGCAAAACAUUAACCUUUAAGUUAAAUAGACUUUAUGCUAUAUCUAGGUUACUCUUUAUAAAGCACUAGCGUCUUUGGUCAAAAGUCAAAUAAAAUAGUAUUAGCAUAUUAAAUUAUUGAUAGUUUCCAUAAUCUCAGCUUUUUUGAAUUUCCACAGCUAUUGGAAUAUUGCUAUCACCAUUUUUCCCCUAUUUAAAAUGUAUCCAGAGGACAAUAGAAAGUAAACACUACCAAACAAUUAUAAUACCUAAAAUUUCUGGCCUAUGUGUUAUUUGAUCUGAAAGUUUAAAAUUUGGACUGAAAGGUUUUAUUGAAAUAAAACCUCUUAAAAUGAAAAAUCUUAUACCUUUACCAUCACUUGGAAGCUAAUAUAAGAAUUCUUUUAGAAAUUAGAGAUGGAGGGCAGCGCCUGUGGCUCAGUGAGCAGGGCGCCAGCCCCAUAUACCGAGGGUGGCGGGUUCAAACCCAGACCCGGCCAAACUGCAACAAAAAAAAAGAAAUUAGAGAUGGAAAUAUGUUGGAACGUCAUCAUAAUUGACCCUCUAAUCACCAAAUUAGUUUAACACAGAUCUUUCUAAGGGAAUUGUGUUACUGCGAGUAAGAAAAAGCAUCAUUAUAAUGUCUUGUCCAUAAUGCAGCACUUCAGCAGAGACUCAUAGGUUAUGGUAUGCCCGCUCUUGAUUUGCUCUUCAAAUAUCUGUGUGCUUGGAGCCACAGUUUCCUAAGUACAUAGUUUUUAGUCCUGCCUCAUUUUAAAUAGUUAACAAUUAAAAAAAAAAAACAGUUAACAAUUAUAAUUUAUUUUGAAAGAUUUUACCUAUGUGAAGUAAAAUUCUUUCUUUCAUUGGGGGUAAGGUUAUGAGAGUUAUAAAGUUUCUUCUGGAAUUUUCUCAAGUCCUUGUAUUCUAAAAUAGCCUGUGAUACCAAGCAAAAUGAUAGUAAAUUCUUCUUUCUUCUUUCAGUCAGAGGUAUUUAUUAAGUACCUACUGUGUGCUCAGCACUAAAAGUCAUUUGAUAAAAUGGCAAUUUAAAAAAUGGCAUUUAGCCGCAGGCCUUUUACAGCCAGGAGUAAGUAAUAAAAAAUGAUCAGCAAUAUUUGGAAAGUCCUGGGUAUUUGCUAGAGGAAGAAUGAAAGCAAGACUUUGUGCACAGUGCCUUGCUCAUAAUAGGUACUCAAUAAACAAUUAUUCCUCAUAGAGUCUCUUGCUAUGGUUUAUAGUGUUUUAUGAAAUUUGUCUUAAUUGAAAAAAAGACCAAAUAUUUCAAAUAAGCUUAUAGGCAGCUGUGGCCAGUUAAAAUAUGGGGUUGUACAGUUAGUUCCUAGAAUGUUAUUUUGCACUAGUUGUCACUUAGAAAGAUGGGGUUCCUGUAGAAUUUUGGUGCUAAGGGAUACUUUGUCAUUACGAUGAAGUAAGUGUUAAGUGUCAGAUAAAUAGCACACAGAAUAGUUCUUUUUGCUGGUCUGUUUUUUCUCUUUGUUGUUGUUGUUUUUAAUUGUAAAUUGUUAUCAAUCAAACUAUUGUAGCAGCUACAAAAUAACUCACCAGCAUGACAAAAUAGUCAAAAAAUAAGUCAUCAGCACUUCAGAAAUGAAAGCAACUUUUGAAAUUUUCUUUUAAAAUUGUCAAAUAUAUUUUAUGAAGAAUUUAUAAAGGGGGGAAAUGAUUGUAAUUUAUUGUUCAUGACAGUUUUUUUUUUUUUUUUAAAUAAAGUGAGUUUCAA